GGGGGCACCAAAUGUCGCUGGCUACACUCUCAACUCGCCUUGACACACACUGACACUAAGAACCUGAGCAGGACACUUUGAAACAUCUUCCAGAAAUGGCAAAGAUUUUCAAGAAGACCAGUGGAAAUGGAGGGCUUACCCUCUACUUGGGGAAGAGAGACUAUGUGGACCACGUGACUGCAGUGGACAGAGUUGAUGGUGUCGUCAAGGUGGACACAGCAGAUUUUGGUGACAGAAAAGCUUUCGUGCAACUGGCCUGUGCCUUCCGUUAUGGUAGUGAAGACUUGGACGUGAUGGGCCUGUGCUUCAGGAAGGACAUCUGGUUCGAGCAGACGCAGAUCUAUCCUGAGUGCAACAAACCGCAACUGAGCGCCAUGCAUGAGACCCUGCUGAAGAAGGCGGGGGACAACGCCUACCCCUUCUCCUUUGAGAUUCCCAACAACCUGCCAUGCUCAGUCUCUCUGCAGCCCGGACCUGACGACAAGGGAAAGGCUUGCGGUGUUGACUUUGAGGUGAAAACCUACCUCGCCAUGGAGAAGAACAACCCAGAUGAAAAGAUUGAAAAGAAGGACACCGCUCGCCUUGUCAUCCGUAAAAUCCAGUACGCCCCGUCUCAAGUGGGAGCCGGCCCCAAGGCUGACAUCUGCAAGAGCUUCAUGAUGUCUGACAAACCCGUUCACUUAGAAGCAUCAUUGGAUAAAGAUCUCUACUUUCACGGAGAAACUAUUCCAAUUAAAAUCAAAAUCAACAACGAGAGCAACAAAACGGUGAAGAAAAUCAAAAUCACUGUGGACCAAACCACUGACAUUGUUCUCUACUCAGCUGACAAAUACACCAAGGCUGUUCUUUGCCAAGAGUUUGGAGAGACAGUGGAUGCCAACGGCACCUUGGAUAAAACUCUGAGCAUCACACCACUUCUGUCUGACAACAAGGAGAAAAGAGGUCUGGCGUUGGAUGGACGGCUGAAGGAUGAGGACACAAACCUGGCCUCCACCACUAUGCUGCCGCAGGGUGUGGAAAAAGAGGUGUUGGGUAUCCUGGUCUCCUACAAGAUUAAAAUUAACCUCAUGGUGGCUGGAGGAGGCCUGCUGGGCGGCCUUACUGCCAGCGACGUCACAGUGGAGCUGCCACUGAACCUCAUGCACCCCAAACCUGAAGAGUAAAGGAUCAGCAUCGCUAGAAGAUGUUACACUGCAGAUUGAGAAGACACCCACAGAAAGACAGCAAGAUAACCAAAGGAUGUAACAUGACACACAGAAGAAGAAGAUUGUGGCUGGUGUCAGGAAGUGAAGAGAAAAACAUUUCAAUGCAAGACAGAAGGAAAUAAGAUGUAACAUCAAUCCCCUGUUAGAUCUUUUGUUGUUUCUGUUCACGUAGAGAGAGCAUUGCCAUGUAGCUGUAGAGAAUGUUGGUGUUUAAAACAAAAAUAAUGCACAAGACCCUUACUUAAACCCUCACAUAAGUGGAAUUUUCUUUCUCCCAUAAAAUGUCAGUUCGAAGCCCAUAAAACCACUGUGCUUUUGAAGUCUGUGAUAUACUGUAUUUACCCAUACAGAAAAAUAAAUGACUUGGAAAGAAA